AUGAAUGGUCUUUACAUCCUUAUUCCUGACACGUCCCAUACGCUCGCUGCUGAGCACCCCCCACGCGACAUGAGUACUCCCGCGCUUUCGGACGACACUGGCAGCUCCUCUUCACGCGAAAGCUCUCGACCCGCUACACCCACUUCUGGAGUCAGUCGUGCACCAUCUAUCUCCUUUGAUGACUAUUCUAAGCAUACACCCUCUGGCGAAGGCACGGACAUCAGGAUUGUCGAAGCAGACGCGGACUCCUCGCCACUAGAAGACAUCACCCGUCCGCUGAAACGGAGACGGUCGGCGGACACAAGGGCUGAUGAAGUCCGCGCAGAGAGAGCGCUGCUGCCUGAUAUUUGGAGCGAUGCAAUCAUGGUCGAUGAUGGCGGGUUCUUCGGUCUUUGCCAUACACCCAUCAGCGAUUGCACGAGUGUCGGGGACGUCGAGCCCGACGCAUUGCACCCGUCAUCAGAAUACGUCUCCCGUCCACUGAAACGGAAGCGAAGUGCGGACACAAGCACCUAUGACGUUCGCGCAAAGAGGGCGCGGACGUCUGGCACCUCGAACGACGCAACCAAGGCCGAGGACCGCGCUUGUUUCGGUCUUGGGCAUAUGGCCAUCCACGACUACACGAAGAUCAGGGUCGUCGAACCGGACGCGGAUCCCCCGGUCUCCCCCGGUAUUGACAUACACGUUCCACUUGACGCUAUCGCUCGCCCGCCGAAGCGAAAACGGUUUGCAGACACGACGGUCGACGAAGUCUGUGUUAAGAGAAGGCGAUUAUCUGACAGUCCGAGCGACGCGUCGAAGCUCAAUGACGGGAUUCCUUUCGGACCUCACCCUAGAUGCAUGAUCACGGGCUGCGUGUCCGCCGAGGUGGAGGCGUGCUAUAUCCUGCCUCCCGCCACGCCCCAACCGUUGAGCGACUGCACAACUCUCCGCGUGCCUACUGACUCUAAUGCCGUCCAUUGUAGCACGCCCGCAAACAUCCUAUUCCUUCGACGCGACCUCCGUAUACUGUGGGAAGUGAAUCGCCUGCUGAUGAUACCCCAUCCAGAUCAUAUAGACCACCCUGAUACCCGCCCUGUCUACACAUACCACGUCAUUACAGAGGAUGAGCAGCCUCUAGAUUCGGGGACCCCCCAGGAUCAUACCAUUAUACCUCUAGCUACGACCGCUGAUUGCUCGUAUCGCUCGCUGGGGUGGCACGAGCUGAGUGCUAAUCUGCAUCUGAUGACCAUUCGAGUGGGUCGUGAAUUCAUGAAGCGACCGCUCCGCUACGAGCAUGUGUUCCGUAUGGACGCUCUUGUGCAUAUACCCAUCGUCCAGCUAGCCCAGCCAGAUGCAGCCGAGCCGGUCUCCCCCCACAUUGAACGAGAGUCGCCAGUUGAAGGCAUACCCCGCCUGCCGAAGCGAAAACGGAACCCGGACACAGAUAAUCAUGAAGUCCCCGCCAAGAGAAUGCGCACGUCCGUCACUGGAUGCAACGCGUCCAACAUCAAGGACGCCGUUCUUUUCGGACCUCAUCCAAGGUGCAUGAUCACCGGCUGUGUAUCUGCUGAUGUAGAGGGGUGCUAUAUCUGGCCUCUAGACAUGCCUCAGCGAUUGUUCGACACCUUGAUAACCCGCAUGCGUGGCAACUACAACACCCUGCGUUGUCAUGCACCUGGGAAUAUCAUAUUCCUUCGACGCGACCUCCGAGAGCUGUGGGAAACAAACCGUUUGUUGGUGAUACCCCAUCCUGUUCAUUUGAAGAGUCUUAAAAAAUAUUGCACUGCGUACAAGUAUUGCGUCAUCGCAGAGGACGAGCACCCUCCAGACUCAUGUGCGACCAUGGGGAACCCCAUCACGCCUGCCGUCAUGGUGGCCCCUUGCUCAUAUCGGUCGCUCGGGUGGCAUAAAUUGAAAGCCGAUCUCCGUCUGAUGGUAUUUCGAGCGGGACAGAAAUUAAGCAAGCGACCAUUCCACUACCAGCAUAUCUUGCGGGAGCUGCUGCCCCACCACGAAAUCAAUCAUACAUACAGCAUAGUCUCCCGGUAUUCGUUGUGGACGCUCCCCCUGAAUUUGGAGAGAGUACCCUGCAGGCGGUUGUGGGCCACAGGAGAGCUCACACCCUUCCCUGAUGGUUAUUUCCGCAGCCCCAGGAAGCAAUAUUGCCCUCCCCUGUCGGACGAUGACACUGUCCGCUUUCCUCGCCCGUUUCGGCCAAUUGUAUCAGGGAUAAAGAAAAAGCGUUCUGGUGACACCAGGGUGGACGGUGAGGUCUACACCGCGGGAGAACAUGCUCAAUGGAGAGUCGACAUUCGUCUGUGGCGUCAGGAUUGCGAUCAAGCUCGAGACGAGUGGACGAUGGGACCGCCCGCGGAACCGGAGGACGCAAAGUUCCUCGCUUAUCGACAGGAGAAAGCCGGCAAUGUGCUGACUGCUACGCAAGAACCUUGGUUCGCGGAAUGGCAUUCUUCAAAAUACGGUCCUGAGUCUUAA